AUGGCUCUUGAUAAAUUAAUUGGACUUGCUAUGCUUGCUGUUGCUGCUGUUGUUUUCACAUAUUAUACUGCAUGGGUAUUUGUAUUACCAUUCGUGGAUGAAGAUAAUAUCCUUAAUAGUUUCUUUUUACCAAGAGAAUAUGCCAUCAAGUUACCUUUAUUAUUAUUAGCAAUUGCUGGAUUAGGUGUGGGAACUUUUGUAGGGAAAGUAUUGGUUAAGAAUCAACAAAAGAAAAAUAGUAAGAAGAAAGCUUGA